CGCACGCGUACGGACGGCAAGAGUAAACGAAAGAGAGGCGACUGGGAGAAAGAAAGCAGGCGGCGAAAACAGGAAUCGCAGAUCGGUGGCAAAAGCAACAGCUCAGCAGCAGCACAGCGGCUGAAGAAGAAGCCGAGCAGACGCCGAAUUAGAAAUGUUUACCAUUUAAGCGACGCCUAAUAGAAAUACUCUCACGUACCGCUCGCGGCUCUCUCCUCUCGCGAACGCGCUCUCCCGCGUUAAAGUGAAAGUUUUCCACACAAAAGUGGCGAAGGUCCGUUAUCUUGGCCGCCGUUCGGGCCAAGUCGCAAUCAGACAGUCAGACACACGCGGAGCGUUCAGUCGACCGGACGCUUGGUCGCUGAUUUGAGCCAUAAGCUUCAAGAUAUAAGAUAUAAGAUAUAGAGAUACCCGAUGCCCAGAUACUAUAUGUGGUGCAGUGUGUUAGUGUUUUGGUGCGAGCAACGGUAAAUUCGCAGCUAACCAAAGAAAGUGCGGUCGUCGCAAUUAAGUCGAAUUGAAUUGUAAUUGAAAUCGGUAUCGAAAUCGCAAUCAGAAUCAGAAUCAGAGUCGGAACUACAGUUACAACUUACUUCGCGUUCGUCGCCUAAGUCUUUCGUUUAGAGCGCGCGCUUCGUUAACGAAUUGCCCGAUUUUUGGUGGCGAUUUCGAAACAUUAAACGAGGCUUCAAAAACAUAACGCUGCCAGACGGUCUAGGCCAAGAACUCCCCGCAAGUGUCCAGUGGCCAGCAGCAAACAUGUUUAAGUGGGUUACGCCGGCCUCAACGGCAACGUUGUCCCGCUGCACACCAACAACAGCAAUAGCAAUGGCAACAGCAACAACGAGAACAGCAACGACAACGACAGCGACGAGAACAACAAAACCACAACUACUUUCCAUCGCUUUAACAAGUUUAAUAAUAAUAGUCGCAUCAUUUGUGCCGACAACAAGUGGAUUUAGAUCAAUUGAAACGAAUGGCGGUGGUCGCAAACUGUUUGGCGGCUAUCGCAUCACCCCGAAGCACUGCCGGGCCACCAAGACGCUGCCCAGCUCGGAUCCGCGGGCCAAUGGACCCACCAUCUGCAUGUUCAACCACGAGUGCGCCCAGAGGGGCGGCGAGGUGGUGGGGGCCUGCAUGGACGGCUUCCUGUUCGGCGCCUGCUGCCAGAUCCCGCCCACCCACGAGUUGGCCAGCACGCUGAUCAACGAGGCCCAGAACGCCUACUUCCAGCAGCACCAGCAGCAGACGAAGCUCCAGCAGGCGGCAGCCCAGUCCUCCUUCGAGAGCUACGGCCAGCAGCAGCAAUCCCUGAGCGAGGAGCAGCAGGUGGUGGCCCAGCAGCCUGCGCAGAGCAUCUACGAUCAGCAGAACCUGGACAAGGUGUACCAGCAGUUGGGCAGCAGCAGUAGCAUCAGUCCGCCCAGCGGAGCUUAUGGCAGUGAACAGGAGUUGCAGGAGGAUCAUCCAGAGCCGGAGGCUCCAGUUAGAGAUGAGCCCGGUUACUCCAGCAGCAGUUCCUCCACCGAGGCCACCCAAUCUUCCUCCGGCAGUGUGGAGUUCGAACAGGAGCCCAGCGAUCAGACCACCAAGCAACCGGCUCAACCCAUCCAACCACCGAACUUCCAUGUGCACAAGCACUCCGUAACGAUCAACUCACCCUCGUCGCCGCCCCAAAACGAUGACUUUGUGAUGCAGGUGCUCAGCACUUUGCCGCCGGAGCAUGCCGAUGACCAUCACAUCACCUUCACCACCGAGGUGCCCACGAAGAUAGCCAGCGGUUUGCAGGACCAGACCAGCUCCGAGUCCAACUCCUUCGAGGAGGUUUCCUCAACGCCGGCGGCCACCCAAAAGCCCAAGCCUAAGCCCACCCAGAAGGCCACGCAGAAGCCAAGUCCAAAGCCCACGCAGAAAGCCAAGCCGAAACCCGUUCCCCAAUUGGCAGAGAGCAUGAAGCGACCCAUCCAGCAGAAGCCUCAGCCAGUGGUGAAACCCAAGCCAAGUACCCAGUCGACGAACAACAACAACCACCAGCACAACCACAACCACUUGAUCCUGGAUGGCGGAGAGUUCACGCACAGCGAUAUCACUCAUCCCGGGGCAGAUGCCGAUCUCGUCGAGGAUCUGCAGUUCUCCACAGGCUAUGGACCACAGCCGGUUUACGCGGAGCCACCUAAGCAGCAGCAGCAACCGCAACAGCCUGCGGAGCAGAGCUACAUCUCAGCCAGCACCAAUGCCAAGCGACCAACGACCACCGUUUCCUCGAUUACCACCCAUGUGGACUCCAUCGAAUCCAUCAUCCUGCAGCUGAACAACACGAGCCAUGGUCCCAGUUACAAUGUGGUGAGCCAGCAGACUCCCUCGUAUGGAUAUCCCGGUGCUGGACAAGUUCACACGGAGCCAGCCACCCAGCCACCCACUUUCUACCAGGAGAACGAGGCGGAGAAGGUUCAGGUUCAGGAGGAUUAUGGUUACACCACCACAGUAAACUACGAGUCCUCGUACGACAAGGUUUCCGACGAGCAGGAUGCCUCCUCGGCAGCUGUCAGUCAGUCCGCUGAGAUGCCCACCGCGCGUCCUGGUUACGGAGAAGACGUAUCCGCCGUGCUCGAGGAUCAUACGCUGCCCGCCAACGGCUACAACGAUGCAGUGGCCUCGGAUUCUCCACAAACCUCCGAGUUCAUCAAGAUGCCCACGGGCAUUGCCUACCCGGUGGACAUGUCCUACAUGGAGGAGGAGGGGAAUCUGGCGGCCACGGCAGCUGGUUACGGCCAGGUGAGCAGUGACUCCUACGAGGCGAGCACCGAAUCCGCCUACCAGAAGCUCUCCACCGUCCAAACGGAGCAGCCGCAGCCAGUGCCCACUUAUGUGCGACCCACCACGAAUGCUAAUAAGCAGAAUCGCCCAGUGGCCUCCUACAUCGGAAUGGUGACCAUGCAGCACUACAACCCGCAGUCCGGAAACGGUGUUCCCGCCGAAGUGUCCGUCUCCUCGCACACCACCAAGGUGCAGGAGCAGUACGACGACACCUCGAAUGUCUAUCAGCAAUCGGAGACCACUUCCGGCUAUGUAGCACUACCCACUGCUGCUCCUCCGGCUCCAGCUCCUCAGUAUGACGCCGUGCAGGAGGCUGCCUCCUCGGAGCGACCCGUUCUGGUGACCGCCAGUCCAAGGCCGCGACCUAAACCGACUACCAAGCGACCUGCCGUGAAGAGACCCAUCAGUGGUGAGAGCACCAAGAAGAAGCCACAGCCACAACCAAGUUCUAGUGCCUACAACCAGGAAAAGAUCAGCGAGCAGAGCACCAGGAAACCAGCACCGGUGUCCACUGCCUACGACGAGUCGCCCAUCACGCACAUUCAGAUCAAGAAGCCAACGGUUAGUCAUCAUCACAAGGAGCCAGCUAAUGCGGGAUACGAGCAUACCACUGCGGCAGCUGCUCCGGCUCCCUCUCCCUCCCUCAACUACGACAAGCCAGAUGCCCCGACCAGCCAGUACGACCAGCCCUCUGCUCCAUCCGUCGGCUACGAUCAGCUGGCACCGAUGCCAUCGCUCAACUACAACGAGGAGCAUGUGGCCAGCUCGCCGGGCAGGAAGCCGGCCACGUCCAAGCCCAUUGCCACCAGCUAUGUGACCGGACCCAGUACGCCACGUCCUCCGGCCACCGUUGACUAUCACUACGACAAUGUGCCGCCACUGUUUAUGGCGGACGACAAGCUCGAUGCCUUCAUCCAGAGCACGGCGGAGAACAUUGUGGGCUCCACGCCGGGCAACUACCAACCGCCGCUGGUGGCCACCGCCUCCACGCCCAUCUACGCUCAACGACCGACCAGCAGUGGUGUCUACGGUCACAAGAAACCCGGUUUCGUGCAGAUCAAUGGAACACCCAAGCCACCCAGGCCCACGGUUCUCAUCACACCCAAGCCCACGACCAUUAAUUUGGUGACCUACAGUUCUCUGAGUGACGAUAGCAACAAACUGGCCUCCAGUGCAACCGGAAGACCCGGAGUUCAGGGAGUGAGUUCCAAUGACUUCGAGGAUCCCGGCUACUUUGGCAGCAGUCCCGUGCAUGUGGCCUUCACGCAAUCCACCACCGAGGCCAUCUAUGCCGUGCCCUCCGACGACAAGCCCGCCUUCCCAGGCUACUUCGGACCCACGCCCUCGUAUCCCGCCUUCUCGGUGCCGGGCGAGAAGGUUGGCCAGAAUGUGAUGGAGGAGACCUACACGUCGCCCAAUGACUUUGUCAACUUCCCGCCGGUUAGGAACCCAAAUCUCAACAUGUCGGCUGCCUCCAGCGCAGUGACCAGCGACCUGGACCUCUCCACACCCGCCUUUGUCGAGGAUGUGGUGCUGAAGGACAAGAUGCACACGCUGGUCCACAAGUUGGUGGCCUCGCUGCAGGGUAACUUCGAGGCGCUGGCCGAUAUGAUCGAAGAGCCGGGAAGUAACAAGACCGUGGCCACCUACCAGGCAGGAGGCGGUGGUGCAGCCAAGCCUGUUAGGGUGGUAACCACGCGGAAACCCGUCAGAGUAGCCACCACGGCCAGACCGAAGGUGACCACGAAGAAACCAGUGACCAACAACCGGGUAACCACCAAGGCCCCGAACAAGAAGACCUCCGCAGUUAGCAGCACCACUCGGAAGCCCGUGACACGACGCACCACCGUGACGGCCAAGGUGACCACCACAACCACCCGGAAGCCGGCAACCAAGAAGCCAACCCGCCCGGUCAGCAGCACCGUGAAGACCACCACCGUGAGCUCGGCCAGGCCGGCGGACGACGAGAUCGUGGACGAGGAGGACGAAGAGGACGUGAACCCAAGCCCCAGCGACAACGAGGUGGACCAGGGUCCCUCACUGAGCUCCUAUGGCGGAGCUAAUGGAAGGAAGAUACAGUGCGGUGUGCGGCCCCAUGUCAAGUCCGGCCGCAUCGUCGGCGGCAAGGGCUCCACCUUCGGCGCCUUCCCCUGGCAGGUUCUCGUCCGAGAGUCCACCUGGCUGGGCCUGUUCACCAAGAACAAGUGCGGCGGCGUCCUCAUCACCAGCCGCUACGUCAUCACGGCCGCCCAUUGUCAGCCCGGUUUCCUGGCCUCUUUAGUAGCCGUCAUGGGCGAAUUCGACAUCUCCGGCGACCUGGAGAGCAAGCGUUCUGUGACAAAGAAUGUGAAGCGAGUCAUCGUCCACCGGCAAUACGAUCCGGCCACGUUCGAAAAUGAUCUGGCCCUGCUGGAGUUGGACAGUCCCGUGCAGUUCGAUACCCAUAUAGUGCCCAUUUGCAUGCCCAAUGAUGUGGCAGACUUCACUGGACGCAUGGCCACCGUGACCGGCUGGGGACGCCUCAAGUACGGCGGAGGAGUGCCCUCCGUUUUGCAGGAGGUCCAGGUGCCGAUUAUCGAGAACAGCGUUUGCCAGGAGAUGUUCCACACAGCUGGCCACAACAAGAAGAUUCUCACCUCCUUCCUAUGCGCCGGUUAUGCCAACGGCCAAAAGGACUCCUGCGAGGGUGACAGUGGCGGUCCCUUGGUGCUGCAGCGUCCCGAUGGGCGCUACGAAUUGGCCGGAACCGUAUCCCACGGCAUCAAGUGUGCGGCGCCCUAUCUGCCCGGCGUCUAUAUGCGCACUACCUUCUACAAGCCGUGGCUGCGCAGCAUAACGGGCGUGAAAUAAGGUGGCGCCUCCAGAGCCUCCGAAGUCUCCGUGUCCCCGAGAUGGCCAGUUAGCUGCUGGGGAAGGAGCAACAAGUGUAAAUAGAACGUAGAGUUUUAAGAGUCGUGGACUCAAGCGUCAUAAAAGUUGGCUCAACUUUUUGGCGACGUCGCAUUUUUCGACCCCUUCCCCCAAAACCCUCCUCCAUGCAACCAUCAUUUCAUUAGCUUAAUUGAAAAUCAGCUGCAGCAACUUGAAACGAAAUACGCUGGGGACUCCCAGGACUUCCCAGGAUUCCGAUAUUUUGUUUAAGCAGGCUGCAGGUUCCGUUUUUGAGUACGCGUGCCUAACACUUGUAGAGUCUGAAUGAGAAUUACGCUAAUUGCAAGCCGUAUGCUUAAGACAUAUUUAUUCUAGUUCUAAGCCUAUUUAUUUGACUAUUUAUUUAUUUAUGUGACGAAACGAAACGAAAGGAAGCGAUUUGUGCGUUUGAUUCAACUAAAAAAAUUGUUAUUUUCAUAGGCAAAUUGUUGUUAUGUUCAAAUGAAAGCGAGAGCAAAUGUUUUUAGUUCAAUUGAAUUUACUAAUUUAUCGAUUUAUAUUAUUAAUUUUUUUAUCUAAUUACGUUUUAUGUUAAUUGUUAAGUAAACGAACAAAUCGAAAAAAAAUCGAAAUAAAUAUUAGUAGAAAUGAUUAAA